UGAUGGGGACUAUGCUCUAAGAAGCUGUAUACAAAUACUGCUGCUGGGUCACAUCCUUCACAUUCUGUGUAGAUGCUUUCAUUCACCAGAAUGAAAUGCUCUAUAAGGUCUAAGUUCAUCCCUGGAGGAACCUUUAGGUUCAGGAUGUACAAAAUUAUAUUCAGGACUGGCAGAGGGUGGGGAGAGACCAGGGGGAGGUGGGCUCCUUGUUAAAUGUGUACAUUGUGGGAUGAGUCAUAAUAGUUAUCUUCAGCAUCAAGAAUUAUACAGUGUAUGAAGGCAGGUCUGAAAGCAAUAACUUUGAUUUCAUUAUGUUGGCCCAUGAUGUCAGAGGUGGAUGUUGGUGGUAUGGCAGCACAGGUUGAACCUUCUCAUCAAUAUCCUGCUACAUUUCAUUGCUGUGUAACAGAUGGCAGCAGAGGAGCAAUCUGACAGGCUGGCAUCUGACAUGGAAGUGUUGAUGAAGCGAAGGGCUGUCACUGAGGUCCUCCGUGUGGGAAAAAAUGGCACCCAUUGACAUUCAUUGACAUUUGCUGGAUGUUUGUAGAGACCGAAGACCGGGUGUUUGAACAGUGAUGCCGUGGAUGGUGCCGGUGAUGAGAACUGGUGUCACCUCUACGAGCCAGAGUCAGAACGGCAGUCCAUGGAGCAGCGAUGUGAAUUCCCCAUUGCAGAAAAAGUUCAAGACGAGGAUUUGUACGUGGAUGGUUUGGGUGCACAGACCUCAAAAACAUAAGCUAUGCCUGUCCUGAGCACGUGACAGCUGACUUACUGCACGGUGGGUGACAAAUCCGCUUCUUGGCCGCUUCCACCCCUACUACCCCGAACAACACCGACGGCUGCCGUGGUGCUGCAGGAACAAGAGCGAAAGCCAAGUCGCGCGGGGCUGCGUUAGCCUUUAUUUCACAAAGAACGUUUCCAGGACUUCUGUUUGCUUACAGCGCACGGCAGCAGGACGAGAAGCAAACAGGUCCGUACCGGCAGCGGCAGCCAAGGGCUGGGUGCAGCACGGAGCCGCUCCUCGCGCGGCGCGGUCGGUGCGCGCCUGCAAGGCUCGGGGUGCGCGGCCGCUGCCCGGCGGUGCGCGCGGGGCGGCCGCUGCCCGGCGGUCAGGGAAUGGAGCGGCUGCCGGCAGACGCGGCGGCCUUGGAGGAGUACGCGGAGUACCGGCGAAUUGUAGGUGAUGAUGACGGAGGAAAGCUUUUUACCCCUGAGGAAUACGAGGUGUACAAAAGAAAGGUGCUGCCCAUCCGGCUGCAGAACCGGCUGUACGUCAGCUGGAGAUCCCCCACAGGCAUGGACUGCAAGCUGGUGGGACCAGAGACGCUGUGCUUCUGUACUCACCGGUAUAAACAACACAAAACAGACUACGAAGUGAUUCCUAAAGACCGUCCCAUCUGCAUGCCGUGCAGAGUGAGCCACUGUCCAUGCCAGUCCUACCACUAUGUUCCUCUCAAUGGCACACAGCCCAUCCGCUGUAGGUGCAAACACUUUGCUGAUCAGCACAGUGCAGCUCCUGGAUAUUCCUGCAACUCGUGUUCCAGAUGUUCAGGAUUUCACAGUUGCUUUACCUGUGGAUGUGGUCAGCCAACAUAUGCGCAUGAAACAGUAGUGGAAACUAAACAAGAGCGGUUAGCUCAGGGAAGGCCAGUGGGGCAGGAUGUUCCCUAUGCUGCUAUGGGAGGACUGACUGGGUUCAGUUCACUGGCAGAAGGCUACAUGAGACUUGAUGACAGCGGAAUAGGAACUCCUUCUGCUGAGCUGUUAGAAUCCCCUAUAACCAGCAUGGAUCAUCCUUUUCUAAAGGCAUUUCAGGGACCUUCUAGCUCUGCUCAGACCAUCUCACAGAUAGCAGGUGGUUCUAGUGCCACAGCACAAGUUUCUCAUGAAAGGCGUUCAGAAGAAGAUGACAUGGCUUAUUUUGAAAAACGUUAUCAGGAGCGGCUGAAAAAGGAGAAGACUGCUAAAAGAAAAGAGAAAAGUCUGGUGCCAACAAAGAAGCCAUGAGUUUAAUGAAUAAAUAUUAACUACAUGGUUAAUCAUUUA